AAAAAAGAGAAAAAGAAAAGGGCUCAAGGGGUCAAGAGCCAGCGGGCGCAUCGACCAAAACCCGGGGGCGGGGCUUAGUGAAACCAAGUUUUUGAGAAUUUUGCAAUGGCGAUGGAUGCUGGAUCAUCGUCCUCCCAAGAAAACCAAUCAUCUCCUUCCUAUCACCAUCAAUCUUCUUCACCAAAACCUCAAUCAUUGGAAGACUUAGCUAAGCCUUGGGCUGAAUACGCUGCUCAACAGGCGCUGCUAUACCAACGGGCUAUCGACCACUCUUUGGAGUCUGCCAUUGAAGUCUCCAAAUCUCGCCUUUCUCAGAUUCGUUCCACCUCUUUUCCUCAUUUUCAGAAGGCAGUUGAUUCCUUUUGGGAGGCGAAGUCCGAACUUGCUGCUUAUGAGAAUUUAGUAUUUGGAAAAAUUAGAGAUGGUAUUCUUGUUGCUGCAUCACAUCCACUGAUCAGUUGUGGAGUUGCAACUGGCAUGGGUUUCUUAGUCUUUAAAAAGCCCAGAAAUUUCUUAUACUACAAAACCAUUCGACUUUUCGUGAAUGAAGAGUCCUUACUUUCCAAAGCUGAUGCUAAAGUAAAAGAGUUGCGGCAGUCAAUUGAUCGGAUAAAGGUUGAAAGUGAGAGGCUGGAGAAAAGAACACUUCAAGCUGAAGAUGAAUUGAUACGAGGAAGAACAAAACUCAGGCAAGCAGGAAAACAAAUUGAAGGUGUGAUUCAGUCGGCUCAUAAAAUUGAAAGAAAGGCAAGAGGUUUAAAAGAUAUUCUUGCAGAUCUUCCCACUAGGGAAGCUUCACGAUUUAGGACUCAGGUAUCUAACCUUGCUUCUGAGGCAAAGAAGGAAAGAAUUGGGUUAAGCAAGGAGGUCUCAAAAAUAAGCAACUAUGGCAUCUCUGUCUGAUAAAUUCAAAUCAAACAUUUGACUCAGCCUCAACAAUAUUACUCCACCCCAGAAUUCACUUGAUAUGGUCUGAAACCACUACCUGCAUAUCCUUUCUCAUCAGUUGGUAGAAGGAUGAGUUCUUUUUCUUGUUUUUAAAGUGCUCGACCAAAAUAAGUUUUUAAGUUUUUCUGUUGAGUUACACCACUGAAAGGUGAAUCUGAUUGUUCAGUACAAUAAUUGUAGAUGCAAUAUCAAUAGAGUUGGUCCUUUCGAUAGAAUGGUAAUUCCUUCUAACAAAGUGUACUUGUUACAAGAAUUGUGAAUUCAGCGAGCAGUGCUCAUUCUGCAUUUACUUAAUACUACUUAUAGACCAAAUGGUAAUCGUGUUUGUUGAAAA